AUAGAAUUGUCGACAAAUUUCCCCCAAAUACACGACGUAAAGGGGAUAAAGCGACAUUUCCCCUAAAUAACCGACGUAAAGGCGAAAAAGCGACAUUUCCUCUUUAUUUCCCCCUUCGUCCGCUUUAUUUCCCCUUUUUUCCCCUUCAUUUCCCCUUUUUGUGUUGCUUGGGGUGUGCUAGGCUCAAGGAAAGUUGUAUGCUAUAUGUAUGCACUUCAUUCCGUUAUUAUUCCUAUAAUUAUCCCGGAAUUUUCGUUGUUUACGUACCCGUUCACAUAGUCAUUGUUGUGGCCAUUAGUGUGUGUAACGCUAUUAAUUAUGCAUCACUGUUUAGAUGGAGAGGAAAACGAAGGCAGAACUCCACUACUUUAUGAUCAAUCAAGGACAGUACAACUUAUUUCAGCGCAUCAAAGUCGCAGACCACGAAAUUCUUCACCUUCAGAUGAUUUUCAAAAAAUUGGUGUCAAUAUAGACCCCGGGGAGAGAAACGUGUUCAGUUUUAAACGAUUAUGGACGUUCACAGGUCCUGGAUUCUUAAUGAGUAUUGCCUAUCUGGAUCCUGGAAAUAUAGAGUCAGAUUUGCAAAGUGGUGCAAUCGCUAAUUAUAGACUUCUAUGGCUUUUACUCCUAGCUACAUUGAUGGGAUUAUUUCUACAACGUCUGGCUGCUCGUUUGGGUGUAGUGUCAGGUAGACAUUUAGCAGAAGUAUGCUAUGAUGAAUAUCCUACACCGGCACGUAUUAUACUAUGGAUUAUGGUUGAGGUUGCAAUUAUUGGGUCAGAUAUGCAAGAGGUGAUUGGUACUGCUAUAGCUAUAAAUUUAUUAAGUUUUGGUUAUAUACCUUUAUGGGCUGGUGUACUUAUCACUAUUUUGGAUACUUUCACUUUUUUAUUUCUUGAUAAAUAUGGUUUACGUAAAUUAGAGUUCUUUUUUGGACUUUUAAUAACUAUUAUGGCUGUGACAUUUGGUUAUGAGUAUAUUGUUGUAAAACCCGAUCAAAUAUCUCUUUUACGCGGAUUAUUUGUGCCUUCUUGUCCUGGUUGUGGUUGGCCUGAAUUGGAACAAGCUGUUGGUAUCCUCGGUGCUGUUGUAAUGCCUCAUAAUUUUUACUUACAUUCUGCUCUUGUUAAAUCACGUGAUAUAGAUCGAAGUAAUCCAUUUUUGGUUCGUGAAGCGAACAUGUAUUACUUCAUUGAAUCAACCAUUGCAUUAUUCGUUUCUCUUAUGAUAAAUAUAUUUGUUGUAUCAGUAUUUGGUGCUGGGUUCUAUGGUAAAAAUGUUAAACAAGUGAUUGAGAAUUGCACACUUGAAGGCAAAAUUCCUGUUCGUUUUACAAAUGCUGCUUCUAGUUUUGAUCCAAACAGUGUUGAUUUGUACACAGGAGGAAUAUUUCUAGGUUGUGAGUUUGGUCUCGCCUGUCUUUUCAUUUGGGCUAUCGGUUUAUUGGCUGCUGGGCAGUCGUCUACAAUGACUGGGACAUAUUCUGGACAGUUUGCUAUGGAAGGUUUUUUAAACUUAAAAUGGAAACGCUGGCAACGAGUGUUAAUAACGCGUUCUAUAGCUAUUUUGCCCACGAUUUUAACGACUGUUUUUCGAGGCAUUGAAGAUUUAACUGGAAUGAAUGAUUUCUUAAAUGUACUAAUGAGUGUUCAACUGCCAUUUGCUGUUAUUCCAUUGUUAACAUUCACUAGUAGUAGAUCAGUUAUGGCUGAAUUUAAAAAUUCUCUCAUAAACUAACCUUUUCGUAUGUUUACAAAAAGAUUUGGUUCGGAUUUAUUCAUGUAUGGCGUUCAAGAAGGUUGUUUAUAGAGGUCUUGAAUAACUGUCGAAAGUUGAAGGAAUGCUAUUGUUACCAAGAUUUUCUGUUUAUCGGGACUCACCAACAUGAUGUAUGUACAUCCAGUUUCCAGGUGACUGAUCCAUGCCACCCUGGAUAUUAAGAUCCGUUUCGUUCGUUAGGACUGAAUUAUUUAAUGUGUGAUUAAUUCAUUACAGAACUAAAGUAAGUGAAAUAUGGUCGAAUUUAUAGGAUGCAAAAGGUGGUCUGCUCUUCGUAAAUUUAAAAGUGUUGGGUCAUUUAGUUUAUCGAUUUUAAUCCCCAUCAUAUUAAAACACUAAUAUAUGAACGAAGAAUAUUGUUUUCAAUAGAUCCUUUGCAGGUUCUACAAUUAUAUAUGUCUAAAUUAGUAAUCCAAAAAGGUGACCGAAUUUUAGGUAAAGUAUUUGGUUUAAAGUUAUAGCAUGUGAAUGUCGGAUAGUAGAAUAACAUAAAGUUGUUAAUAUUGAGGUGACCAAUAUUGAAUUUUAAAUGAAAUUGUGAAAUUAAUGAUGAGAAUAAAUGUGGGUGAGAGAAAUAUUGAUGCAAUUACGAAUCGGACCAAAUGUUUAGUGUAUAUUGUGUAUAAAGUUGUAUGAAUUCGAUGAAGACUAAUAAAGUGGGGUGAGUGGUGAGUAUAUGAAUCAUUUGUUUGUGAGAGUAGUAGAGAUGUUGAACCAAUGAUAAUUGAGAACGUUUGUGACUCGGUGUAAAUAUCGUGGUGAUCGUCACGGGAUACAUAUGUGCCAAAAGAAACUGAUAAAUUACAGUCCUAAACAUCAAUGGGAAGAUUCAAACAACCAAUGCAUAGAAAUCGAUAUUAAAAUAAUAAUAAUUAUUAUUAUUAUACAAAGAUAUGUGAAUAGAAAUAAUGACGACAAUUAUAUUCGACUAAGAAAUGUUGUAUGUACGUUAAUGAGAUUAGGUCAUGUUGUAGUUAAGAUUACUAGUGAUUGAUUGGAUUUGACGUUGUCCAUGGUUGGGGAAGCGUUUGAACAUGUUUAUGAAUUAGUAGUUUAUAAGCGUUAAUUAUUUUGCAGACAUCCGUUAGGAUAUUUCAAGUUGUCAUCAUGGGGGUUGGAUGAUUUCUCUGUGAUGAACUAUAUACAGAACCCGUUUCACUAGAUUACUGAUUAUAUGGACUGAAAAUGUUUACAAAUUAAUGUUUUAAAUAGAGUAUAUGAGUCAUAUUAUUGGUGAUAAGCAUUAUAUUUGAAAGAGUAACAGGCAAAUAAAUGUGUAUCUAAAGUAAGCUGAUGCUUUAAGAUUACUUUUAUGGUUUAUAUAUGUUAAAAGAACUAAGUUGUUGUUCCAUAAUAACAUAUAUUUAGAAACAUCUUUAAUCCUCUGAAGUAGUCAGUGAUGAAACUCCGUAUCUUUGUUACUCUAUUAUUUUUUUUGUCCUUCAGACAGAUGUUUGGUGUAAGGGAUUUUGUAGGUUUAUUUAAUCCAGCUUCCACCCAAAUUUGAAAUUAACAUAAUUGCAAACACUAACCGCUUUCAUAUUGAUUGAAAUUGAUAUGCUAUCGUUAAUACGUAGCAUCGUUUUCAUGUGAUACCAGUUACACCUUUUGGAUUAGAUUUAUUUUUCUGGUUUAUUUUAUUUAAACACAUAAACAUUGG